CCGCUCCGCUCCCAACACUUUCGUAACUUAUCGCAAACCAACGUUUCACCGGCCAGAGCUGCUGCUGCGGGUGUGUAAAUAAACUUACCAGCAAAAACGGCCCAGCGAUAGGCGGCCCACACGGCCCUCCGUCUUCGUGCGAGCUGUUUUGUGAGUGAAAAUCAUCAUCACCAUCAUCACCGGGCACCGUUGUCGAUAGAGUACGGCGCUGCUCUCUGUUCCACCACCGGCCGAGGCCAACAUACGUAUCGCUGAUAACCGGCAGCCCCUCCGGGGUCAAUCGGUACACAGCCGCCAUUACCAGCACUAAUCGCGCCCGGCCAUCGCAGCAGCAGGGUGGAACGUACCCGUCCGCCGGAGCAGUCCACCAGUGAGCGUGCCGGGUUCAGUCCGUUCGGUUCCAUACGUGCGUUACGAUCCCCGCAAUAGAGACAUAAAGUUUGUCGGCCCAUCAAGAUGGUGUUAUGUCACGUUCGUGCGACAGUGCGGUUAGGCAGCUUCGUGGCCAAGGCCAGCGCGCAAAGCUGGACCCUGCGGGCCCGUCCGUUCAGCAUCAGCAGUGUGGCGCUGAAAGAGCGUCUUUUCACGGACAAGCAUGAAUGGGUGUCGGUGGACGGUGAUGUGGGCACGGUUGGCAUUUCGAACUUUGCACAGGAGGCCCUCGGUGAUGUGGUGUUCGCACAGCUGCCCGAUCCCGGAACCAAACUAUCGCAGAAGGACGAGUGUGGCGCACUGGAGAGUGUGAAGGCGGCGAGCGAAAUCUACUCACCCGUUUCCGGUGAGGUGACGGUGAAAAAUGGUGCCGUAGAGGAGACGCCCGGUCUGGUGAACUCAUCCUGCUACGAAAAUGGUUGGCUGUUCAAGCUGAAGCUCACCAAACCGGACGAGCUGUCGAAGCUGAUGAGCGAAGAGCAGUAUACGGAGUUUUUGAAAACUGCUGACCAUUAGAGAAGUGUGCCGCCGACCACGUGUGUACAUGCGGCGUGUGCCCGUUUACUGUUUUUACUCUACCUUUAAGUUUCUACCGUAAUGCCAAUAACUAGUGUGCGAGUGUUUGAUUUUGGGAAAUAAAUGAAACAUUCUCUGUGAGUAACUAA